GAAAGGCUGCACCGCAUGCGCCUGCCUGCACCACACUCCCGCCGAGGCCAACACACACUCCGUAUCCACUCGACAAUCCGGUUACCAUGAGUGAGGGAGACUACCGUGUUGCUGACAUCUCGCUGGCUGACUUCGGUCGCCGCGAGAUCGAUAUCGCUGAACAUGAGAUGCCCGGGCUCAUGUCCUGCCGUGAGGAGUUCCCUGGCCAGCUCGAGGGUGCCCGUGUGUCUGGAUCCCUGCACAUGACCAUCCAGACGGCUGUCCUGAUCGAGACGCUGAAGGCCCUGGGCUCGGACAUCCGUUGGUGUUCGUGCAACAUCUUCUCCACUCAGGAUCACGCAGCAGCAGCCAUCGCCCGCGACGAAUCUGCCGCAGUGUUCGCCUGGAAGGGCGAGUCGCUUGAAGAGUACUGGGAGUGCACCCUCAGUGCUCUGACAUGGCCGGAGGCAGACGACAAGGGCACCGGACCCGACAUCAUCGUUGACGAUGGCGGCGACAUGACCCUGCUGAUCCACGAGGGCUUCAAGGCUGAAAAUGCCUACGAGAAGGACGGCACUCUCCCCGACCCGGACUCGGCAGGAGACAACGCGGAGUUCAGGAUCGUGCUGACCAUCAUCAAGCGCGAGCUUCCCAAGACUCCCAGGAAGUGGCACGAACUGGCGGCGCGCUGCGUGGGCGUUUCAGAGGAAACCACGACUGGUGUACACCGCCUGUACCUGAUGGAGAAGGACGAGAGCCUCUUGUUCCCGGCCAUCAACGUCAACGACUCGGUCACCAAGUCCAAGUUCGACAACCUGUACGGCUGCAAGCACUCCCUCCCGGACGGCCUCUGCCGCGCGACCGACGUCAUGAUCGCCGGGAAGUCCGCCGUCAUUUGCGGCUAUGGUGACGUCGGUAAGGGAUGCGCCCAGGCCAUGAAGGCUGCCGGUGCCAUCGUGUACGUCACGGAGGUGGACCCCAUCUGCGCUCUUCAGGCUGCGAUGGAAGGCUUCCGUGUUGUGAAGCUCGACACCGUCGUGGGCACCGGUGACAUCUUCAUCACCACCACCGGGAACAAGGGAAUCAUCAUGGCCGCGGACAUGGCCAAGAUGAAGAACAACGCCAUCGUGGGCAACAUCGGCCACUUCGACAACGAGAUCGACCUCGCCGGCCUGGUCGCCACCACCAAGCAGCUCAACAUCAAGCCGCAGGUGGACAAGUUCAUCUUCGACGACGGCCACGCGAUCAUCCUCCUCGCCGAAGGGCGUCUGCUCAACUUGGGAUGCGCCACUGGGCACCCCUCGUUCGUCAUGUCCGCGUCGUUCACGAACCAGACACUGGCGCAGCUUGAGUUGUGGAAGGAGAAGGAAUCGGGCAAAUACGCGCGUGGCCACGUGUACGUACUGCCGAAGCUGCUCGACGAGAAGGUCGCCCGCUUGCACCUCAAGUCUCUCCAGGUGGAGCUCACCGAGUUGUCGACCGAGCAGGCUGACUACAUUUCGGUCAAGAAGGAAGGCCCGUUCAAGCCCGACACCUACCGUUACUAAGCGAUAUUCGAUAGCGUUUCGUGCUUCACCAGUAGACGUUUCCCCCGCAUCCUUGCCAAGUAGAUAUCGGGGAGUUGAUUCUUUUAAGCAAGGUUGCCAGGGAUGCCGUAGAUUUGGCUGUUUCCCGCUGCGGUGGCAUGUACACCCAUUUCAACGUCAAAGGUUGUGGAGAUAGAUUCGAAUCCAAGGAUAUACUAAAAACGUGUUUCCCACCAUGUUUUUUAUUUGUGUGCCAGUCGGGGCAGAUUUCAAAGCGAAUGAUUCUCCGCGAUAACCAAGAAGGGCUUUUGAUGCGUCCGAUGGAUUCCAUGUUCGCUGUCCACCGCCCACCGAACAGCCCUUCAACCGAAGUUUCAGGCCGUUUCUGCAUCGUGCGUUUUCUCUAACGAAUACAUCUUACUUGGUUGUAACACGCUCCUUCGACAGUGGCACAUAUCCACUACCAUUAUUUCCAAAAAGUGGACGAAGUGUGCAACCAAGAUAGAUCGGGCUAGAACGGAGAGAUAGUGCAAGCUUACUGAAAUGAGCCGUAGACUUGAAAAUUCCGUACAAUAGCGACACGUGAUCUACUUCUUGAUGUAUAAAUAUAGACAAGGAGCAGUCGCCCACGAAGGUCUCCAUAACUCUUAUCGAUGUUGUCUUUGGCGGGUUUGAUCUGACGCGAGAUUUUCCUGAAGCGCAAGCCGAGACUGCUUCCCGUAAGCCUCACUACAAGUAAUUGCUCUGAGUAAUAGGGUAAAGAAAAUGAAUCUUACAGCUUGAAUCAUCACUGAGCUUUAGCCUGUUCACCGACCAGCGUC